AAAUGCAGUGAUAUUGAAGGAGCGAAGAAAUAUUGUCCAAAGCUCUGAGCUACCUUUGAGUUGAGGAUGGCGGAAUCAAGAAAGGUCAUGAGUUUGCUUGCACCCAAGACUAUUCCACUGUUCCACUUUACUGGAGAUAAAGCUACCACACCCAUCUGUCCAGUUGAUAUGCAGCCUAACCUGAACCCAUCGAGUGGAGCUCAAAGUUACCAAAGUGCUGGCGCAGAUUGCACACGAAGUGCAAAAUACAACCUUCCAUUUUUCCUGGAAAAUCUGGGUCCCAGAUUCUCUGAAUGGAGCGUCAAUGCUCAUGAGGCGAGGCCUGGACACCAUACGCAGGUUCAAGGUAACAUAGAACAUUUCCGUGACAGCUGCGGCGGAGUGAUUAGUUGGCUUGACAGCGUCACCUAUUACACGGCGUUUACAGAAGGCUGGGCUCUAUACGCUGAGAAUCCGCUCAUAGCUGAAGAUACAGACACUUACAAGUAUGAGCCCAUGCAGANAGACCAAACAGUUUCUACAAAACAACAAUAA